AUGUCAAAGCGUAAUAACAAGAAACUUCUCAACCAGAUAUAUUCUCGCCCGCUUCCGAUCGAGUUGUCUUCUGACAAGUACGGGGUGGCGAUGCCGACGUUGUUUCCACAUAAUCCUGUUUCGUGGCUCUUUUAUUUAACUAGAUUGAUUCAAGUAAAUACUUUGUAUUCUGUCCCCCAGUCUCUGGAGACACUAAUAGACGUUAGCUACGACUCUGAUGGCAUAUUUAAGGUGCUGGAUGAAGAGUCAAUGGCAAAAUUGUGGAGAUGCGGCUUUUUUGGGAAAGGUACUCUCUCUAGAUCAGAACCAACGUGGAAGGCACGUACCAUCAAGAGAUUGAACUUGGACUCGAACACAGCCAAUGCUUUAUCGAUGGAAGAAGUAACCAACAAGAGACGAGACGAGAGGAAGAAGUUCAAGGCUGAAAGGUCUAGGCUCCAGGAACUCGAGCUUAAGCAACGUAAGGGCGAAAUUUCGGAUCUAGAAUCCUCACAGUUAGAACAACUCAGAGAAACCCUAGCAUCGCUCAGAUUGAUCGACUUCAAAUUGUCAAAAGAUUCUUUUGAUAGAGAAACAGACUUGAGGUUCGAGGAUUUGGAUCUAAUAGAGUCCAACCAGCUUGGACGGAACCUUGAAUUCUUACAGUUGCAAGCCAUAGAAACGUUCUUCUUGAAGUUUGCUGUCAACGUUAUCCGUGUAAACGACUUUUCCACAAAGCAAUUGUUUCUAGAAUGUUGUCGUCAAUCAGGAAUACUUAAGCCUACAAACAAGUUUGUUUUAGAUUAUGUUGUAUAUCACCAUUAUCGUUCGCUUGGAUGGUGUGUGAGAUCUGGAGUCAAAUUCGGCUGUGAUAUGUUGCUCUACAAAAGAGGUCCACCAUUUAUCCAUGCCGAGUAUUGUAUUUUGGUUAUUUCCAAUGAUGAUAAGGCAAGAUACGACUGGUUUGAAAUGGCUGCGAAAGCCAGAGUCAUCGGGACCGUGAAGAAAACCUUUGUGCUCGUGUACGUCGAUUCCCCGACAGAAGAAAGGUUCAACUCGAUAUUGAGCAGCGCAUAUUCUGACGAAGGUAUACUCUUCCAGGACUUGUUCAAGUUGUAUAAAGUCACUGAAAUUCUUUACCGGAGAUGGGCUCCUAGCAAGACUAGGGACUGA